GCGGCGGCGAUGAGACGGUGGAGAUGACGACUCGAGCCUAGCGCCAUGGUGCAGCGCGGGCGGCCAUGGCCGGCCGUCGGCGCCUGGCUGCUGCUGCUGCUUCUGACCGCCAGGGCGGGGCUGGCGUCCCCGGAGUCCGGCGGCGGCGGCGGCCGCCGCCUGGCCUUCACUCGACCCGUGUACAACGCCUCCAUCCCGGAAAACUCGGGGCCCAAGCGGUACGUCACCCCGACAGAGAAGAUGGGCAUCUUCGUCGGGGACCCGGGCCUGCAGAUUCGCUACAAGAUCGCUGGAGGUGACAAGGACAAGCGCUUCAAGGUUGAGGCCCGUCACGUCGGGGAUUUCUGGUUCCUUUUCAUUCGGACGCGGACCGAGAACACAGCAGUAUUAAACCGUGAGUCCGAAGACAACUACCGCCUCAAGGUGAAAGCCUCCGUGUUCUACGCGCACCAGCACAAGAGGCUCUACGACGUCCACUGUGAGGUCCUGGUGGAGGUGACAGACACCAACGACCUCAACCCUCUAUUCUACCCGACGUCGUACAACGUCAGCGUGCCCGAGGACACCCAAUUACACCGGAGUGUGCUCAAGCUCAGCGCGUACGACCCGGACUUGGGAGUCAACGGCGAAAUAUACUACCGACUCCUCGAACCGACGCGUCAGUUUGCCAUCCACCCGACCAUGGGUACCAUAACCCUGACCAGGCCCCUCGACUUCCAAAAGAAUAGCACCUACGAGUUGACUGUUGUUGCCGAGGACAGAGGGACGGAACUCGAAACAGGCAGCAUCAUCAAGUCCAGCACGGCUAAGGUGACGGUGCACGUCCUACCCGUUAACAAGCACAGGCCCGCCAUCUUCGUGCGACAUAUUCAGACCCUUCUUGAACCCGGCAUGCCCGAAGUUUGGGCCGUAGUCAGGGUCACGGACGAAGAUCCCGGCGUCCACGGUAAGAUCGGAGGUCUGGCCAUCGUUGACGGGGACGUUGACGAUCACUUCAAGGUGGUCUCUGGAGCCCAGCCCGGAGAAUACAACAUUGAGGUAGACCCUAGACCAGGAAGGCCGCUGAACCCUAGAGGAUACACACUAACGUUGAGGGCCUGGGACCAAGGGACGCCGUCCCAGUACACGGACGAGGUCGUGAGGGCGAAACUGUCCGAUAUGAGCAACCUGGUGCCUCAGUUCGAGAAGUCAGAGUACGACGUCGAUGUCGAAGAGAUCGCGCCCCCGGGUAGUCCCGUAGUUCGCGUCGUCGCUAAAGUUUACGGUCCCGAGUCUCCAACAAGGAUAGCAUACCACAUCGAGAUGGGGGACGAUGACGCGACGUUCAGCAUCAACGUCAGGACGGGCCAGAUAAGCACGCGGCGCUUGUUAGACCGCGAGUUUAAGCGCUACUACUCGUUGACGGUAAGCGCCACAAACGCGGCGGCGAGGGGCGGUGGGCAGCGCCGGAAAACCACGACAAUCGUCAACGUCAAAGUCCUCGACUGCAAUGACAACGCUCCCGCUUUUAAUCAAAGCUCCGUUGACAUUCUAAUCGAUGAAAAUAAACCGGUCGGAAGCAAUGUAUUCACAGUUCACGCCGUCGACGAGGACGAAGCAGAAAACGGUUACGUCAGUUACAGCCUUGUGAACUUGAACAAGGUCCCCUUCAGUGUAGAUCCCUUUAGUGGCGAAGUGCGCACAACGGAAGUCCUGGACUUCGAAACGAUGAGGAAAAGUUACGUUCUUCGCAUCCGUGCCACGGACUGGGGCGUUCCAUACCAGCGUCAAGCGGAGAUGGCCCUCAAGGUGAGGCUGAGGGACGUCAACGAUCACAGGCCCCAGUUCGAAAAAGUGGACUGUGUCGCCACGGUACCGAAAAAGGCCGCCAUAGGAACGGAGAUUCUGACCUUGUCUGCGAUCGACUUCGACGAGGGAGGCACCGGUUCCGUGACGUACAAGAUGGAAACGGCCGGCGAAGACAGCUGCUUUCAGUUGGAUUCGGGCACGGGAGUGGUGACCCUCGCGUGCGACCUGAAUCAGAAAGGCGGCAGCAAGGAGAGGUCGUUCAACGUGACUGCGACGGAUGGACGUCAUUUUGCCGACGUGAUGACGGUAGUUGUCCGCGUUGUCGGAAGCCGGAGGGCCUCGGCGGAAUGCAGGGAUGUCGGUGUCACCGAGAAGCUGCGCGACCAGUUGCGUGCAGCCGAGCGAAACAACCCGCGAGGCAGCGCCGUCCUCCUGGACCGCGUGGAACCGACGGCACCUAGCUUCUUAGAGAACCGACAUUCCCCGGAGUUCCCCGAGGGCUCGCCGCACGAAGUGGCAGUCAACGAGAGCCUGCCGGUGGGCUCCGUUCUGGCCUACCUUGAAGCCAAGGACCUGGAUCACGGCUACAACGGAAGACUUGUCUACGUCGUGUCAAAUGGCGACGAGGACUCCUGCUUCAGAAUGGACAUGCACCAGGGCUCCCUCCAUCUGUCCGCGCCUCUCGACCGCGAAGUCACACCUUCCUAUGUCCUCAAUAUCACCGCCUACGACCUGGGCCAACCGUCCAAGUCCGAGUCGAAGACCGUCGUUGUCAAGGUGGUUGACGUCAACGACAAUGCACCCGUGUUCGAAAAGGCGUCGUACAGCUUCGUUAUUAACGAGGAUGUUGCUAACGGCACUUCAGUCGCCAGACUGAGGGCGACUGACAAGGACGAAGGCGUUAAUGCCGAAAUCCACUUCCAACUGGACACGGACACUUCAGACUUCCAGCUGGACUCCAGCGCCGGUCUGCUCACUGUCAACGCACGGUUAGACCGGGAGCGCCAGGAGAGGUACGAUCUCGUCGUGAAGGUCAUCGACGGAGCGCUCUUGGCGCCCCUGACGUCUACGGCCACGGUGACCAUUAGACUGCGUGACGUGAACGAUAACACGCCCAAGUUCACGUUACUGCAAUACGUGGCUCGAAUACGGGAAGACCUGCCGCUCGGCUCGGUUGUGACCUCCAUGUCGGCGAUAGACCCCGACUUUGGGGACGGGGGAAAGGUUACUUACAAGGUGGACGGCGACCACGGAGAUAUCUUCGACGUCGACCCCGAUAUGGGCACGGUGAGACUCAGUGCGCCUCUGGACUUCGAGACCUGUCGGUUGUACAACGUGACCGUGCGAGCCACGGACGGUGGAGAACCUCCACUCACAGCGGUCUCCACGCUCAUCGUCGAGAUCGAGGACGUCAACGAGAACCUGCACGCCCCCGUCUUCCCCGAUCAGGUGGCCAACGCCAGUGUUGCCGAAAACCAGCCGCGAGACACUCUAGUGACGACGCUCAGUGCCGUGGAUGAUGACAAGACGGGCAACGACGGCAAGCUCACCUACGCCAUCGUGGACGGGGACGGCGUCGGAGUGUUCUCCAUCGACGACAAAGGUCCGUGUCCAUUUUGGUUACUCUAG